AUGUCGGAACGCAAAGUCCUCACCAAAUACUACCCCCCCGACUUCGACCCCUCCAAGAUCGAACGCCGCCGCGGCCCCAAGCAAACCGGCCCCAAACAACAGACCGUCCGCCUCAUGGCCCCCUUCAGCAUGAAAUGCACUUCCUGCGGCGAGUACAUCUACAAAGGCCGCAAGUUCAACGCCCGCAAAGAGACUACGGAAGAGAAAUACUACGCCAUCACCAUCUUCCGCUUCUACAUCCGCUGCACGCGCUGCAGCGCCGAGAUCACCUUCAAAACCGACCCGAAGAACAUGGACUACGAAUGCGAGCGGGGCGCGAGAAGGAAUUUCGAGGUCUGGAGAGAGGCGAAGCUGAACGAGGAGACGGAGGAGGAGCGGCUGGAUCGGCUGGAGCGCGAGGAGAAUGAGAAGGAUGCGAUGAAGGAGUUGGAGCAGAAGACUAUGGAUGCGAAGACGGAGAUGGCGGUGGCGGAUGCGUUGGAUGAGGUCAGGACGAGGAAUGCGCAGCGGGAGAGGGGUGGCGUGGAGGGGGCGUUGGAGGGGUUGGCGGGAGUGGAGAGGAGGCGGGAUGAGGAGGUUGAGAGGGCGGAGAGAGAGAUCGAGGAGCAGGCGCGGUUGGCGUUUCAGAGUGGGACUGGGGAGAGGGUGAAGAGGGUGGUUGAGGAGGAUGGGGAGGAGGGUGGCGUGGGUGGGGUGGAGAGUCAGGCGGACAAGGAUAAGAAGGCUAUGCCUCCGCCGCCGGCACCUACGUUCCAGCGCCAGCCAAGGAAGAAAAAGGAUUUCGGGGCUGCGUUGGGAAUCAAGAAGAAGCCUGCGUUGGUUCCUUCAUGCCCUGGACUCACCCCUUUCAAACCACCAACCCCACUUCUUCCGAGACUCCCUCGAAGCAACCUCAGCGUCUAUCUUCCGCCCCUUCAGAACAAGCUUCCCACCGACCUUCCGAUGAAAUUCCUCGCGCUGGGCAGCUUAAUCCGCAUCGAAGAGUUCCUCGAGUCCCCACUUCUGGGUGAACGCCUCGAUCUGGUCCGUGUUGCCUUCUUCGAGGCCGAUGAAGUCGUCCACGAACUCGUCGUUGAGAUGGCGGGACUCCAGAUUGAAGGAGCGAUCGCCAAUGUCCAGGGUAUCGACUUUACCACUCUUGGAAGUUUUGGGGAGGGUGACGAUGGAUGGGGUGGCGGUGUUGGGGCUCUGCUGGUUGACUUCCAACUGGUUGUCUGGUACAUUGCGCUUCGAUGGAUCCAUGGCGUCGUGAAGUCCAAAUUCGAUUACUGGGUUUGA